AUGUUGGACUCGGGCUCGGAAAUCACUCUAGUAGACCUGUCAUUGGUUAAACAAGUAGGAGCACAAGGACAUCUCGAUAAACUAGUGGUGUCAACCGUGAGUAACGAGAAUGAUGUACAGCACGGCUAUCGCAUAAAUCGAUCAGUGGAAUCUCUUAUCAAUGAAAACCCGAAGCGUUUGAAACUAACUAAUGCUUGGAGCAGUAAAGAAUUAAAGAUACCAUUGCGUCAUCAGUGUGUUUUCCAGGACAAGUCACGUUGGCCUCAUCUCCAGAAUGUACCCUUCCCUAAUGUCGAGAGAGAGAAGAUUUCCAUUAUCAUUGGGACGGACAUGCCUGAAGCAUUUAUCCCGAUCGAUGUAUGCUACGACGGGCCAGACUCUCCAGUGGCCAUACGAUCCUGCCUGGGUUACUCAGUCUUUGGUCGAAUGGGUAAAGAAAUUGAAGCUCAGUGUUCCACAACGUAUACAUCCACGAUUCAUAACGUAUGUGUCUCCAGCGAUAUCACCCUUAACCAGCAAUUGGAGUCAUUUUGGAAACUGGAGUCCCUCAGAACCUCCGGUGAUAAUUCGAAGACCAUGUCAGUCCAAGAUAAACAAGCAUUGAAAGUGAUAGAGAAGACUCUGACCAAAGUUGACAGUCACUAUCAAAUGGACCUACUAUGGAAGAAUGAAGAUAUACACCUCCUGAACAAUCGGACAGUAGCAGAAAUACGAUUAAAACAUCCGAAACAGCGACUUGAACGAGAUCCUAAGUUGAAAACGAAAUAUCUCGCUAUCAUAGAUGAUUACGUCGUAAAGGGUUAUGCUCGAAAGCUCACAAAGAACGAAGCAAUAACUAAAAGCGAUAAAACCUGGUAUCUUCCUCAUCACCCGGUGAUAAACCCUCGUAAACCAGAGAAAGUGCGUGUUGUCUUCAACACCGCUUCGAUGUUCAAUGACACAUCACUUAAUGACCAACUUCUUCAAGGUCCUGACGUGAUGAACAAUCUGGUGGGUGUCCUAAAAUUAAUCAAUAUGCUCGCAGAAGGUGGCUUUCGCUUAACUGAAUUUCUCAGCAAUCGUAAGGAUGUCUUGAAAGCAAUUCCAGUCAAAGAAAGAGCUACUCCUACCCUUGAUCUGGAUUUAGAUCAGCUACCCAUUAAUCGUACCUUGGGUUUAUCCUGGGACGCUCAAACCGAUGAGUUCUAUUUUUCGUCCAUUAGAACUGACAAACCCGCUACCAAACGCGGCAUUCUCUCUGUUAUUAGCUCAUUAUUCGACCCGCUGGGGUUCCUGAGGCCAUUCAUUUUACCUGUCAAAAUACUUCUGCAGGAACUCUGGCGUCAAGGAAUUGGAUGGGAUGAAGAGAUUUGA